UUCUCAGGGAGACAACCCUACUUGUUGACCAAGAGACCAGAUAAACUUCAGUUAAUCUCAGGUGAUCGAAUCGAACAGAUCGACCUCUUAAAAAACUGAAACACUUUCGAUUUCAAGUGAGGUGCUUGGGCAGAGCACACGCGAUUCGUGAACUACCGGGUGGUCACGCAAUGAAGAAUAGUUGUUGAACAGUUCGAGAAUUAAUUUUGCAAAAUGAGACUAUUGGGUGUCAUCAUUUUGGCUGUUUUGGGGAGCGCGCUUGCCAAAGAUUGCCCCAGCAGAAAAUCGAAUUCGAAACUGUUUUGCUACUUUAGCAAACUGACUGAAAUCGAUGGUUGCUACUGUUCCCAUGUUAUCCUGCCGGCUAACUCAGAUGUCAAGUCUGUUGAAAGGGCCAGACAACAAAUGAAAGGGAUGAAGAUUCUCAUCACCGUGAACGAGUUCAAUCAGGGUUUGAUCGACAUCCUGAAAACGAGCAAAAUAGAUGGUUUAGAAAUAAACCUGAAAAAACUAGAUUCCAAAAGCGAUAUCAGCGACUUCAUCUCAACAGUCAGAAGUAAACUCGGAUCAAACCUUUAUUUGGCCCUUUCAGUACCCAGCAGAGCCGAAACUUUGGCGAAAUACUACGACUUCAAAGCACUCAGUAAACACGCCGAUGUUUUCAUUCUGCAAACAGCGUUUCUGGGAGCAUCCAAAAAUGUUACUUUCCACCCAAGUAGACUUUCCGGAUUGUGGGACAUGCAAAACACGGACUCGAUGGUAGACUUGGUGAGUGGUUUGGGUGCUCCUUUGAGUAAAGUUGUUAUCACAGCUCCUGUCCAAGCAUUUCAAUUCACACUCCAAAACGAAGAAUUCUCUGCACCAGGAAGCCCCGCUCUGGAACUGCGAUCUCUGACUCGUAACGAACUAUGCAAGGAAAUGCGAAGUGGUUCAAACUGGACGAUGGAAAGAGAUCAAGAUCAGGCUGGACCAUAUAUAUUCAGUAAAAACAAAUGGAUCGCUUUUGAAGAUUCUUCCAGUAUUGACAUCAAAGCGAAAUACUCCAGAAUUCGAGGGUUAGCCGGGUUAGCUCUCAAAGAUCUUUCAGAGGAUGGAGGUCAAAACUGCGGCGCUACCAUUCUGGAAUCAGCCUAUAACGGUCUUUCCAGGCAAGCCAGAGCUCCAAGAGGAGCCGUUCUUCAUUCAUUGGAAAGAGAACUAGUAGAAAGCACCAGCAGGCCUCUGGAUAAUGUGCAAGUUUCGCCCUACAGAAUUACGAGGAUUGUUGACGUUGAGGGACAUCACCACAUCAUAAGACAGGACACGAGAACCGAAUUCUCAUGCUCCCGCCAAGGAUAUUUCGUCCAUCCCCGUUCCUGUAACCGAUUCUACCGUUGUGUGAAAUUUGAUCAGCUCAGUGACGAAUACAGCGUGUUCGAAUUCGACUGUCCUGCUGGUUUGGCCUUUGACGAACGUGUAGAAGUGUGCGUUUGGCCCGGAAGUUUGCCAUUGGGACCACUCGAUAGAGACGAAGUAAUAUGCCCGCAUUUAGAAGGAUACUAUGCCGAUCCUGAGAACUGCCGCUGGUUUUUCGCCUGUUUAGAUCACGGAAAAUCACCCUUAUCUGCCUACGAGUUCCGAUGUCCAUUUGGAUUGAUGUUCGAUUCAGAUCGCUUAGUCUGUGAGUGGCCUUGGCUGGUUCCGAAAUGUGGAAAUGGAAAUGGCUUUGGAAUCAACCGAGCUUCUGAAUUCUACUAUGGCGGAGUAUCCACGGGACAUCAAUCAGGAGUAGUCCUGAAACAAUACGACGGUCUUGGUUCUCUGGGUUUAGUGAAACUAGGUGGAAUCAAUGGCAAACUUGAACAGCCCAUCAUUUACAGCAAUAUCGGUUCUGACGGAUUCCAAAAUGGAUACACUGGAGGUUUCAGAGGGCUGGGCAUCAAGGCUACCCAAUCACUACAAAAUGCUGGAUUACUCAAAGCAGGGUUCAGUGGUGGUUCUAAUAUCUACGGUGGAAAUGUUAAGUACAACACUGAAGCUGCCGGAUAUGACGGUUUAACCAACAACUACCAAACAAAUGGCAACGUAGAAACUGGAAAUAUAAAUUUGUCAAACGGAAACCUCGGCUAUUCACAACUCAAUACCUUGAAUGUAGCUAGUGGACAUGAUACCCUUAGUAAUAAUGGAAAUAUUGACGGAUCUGGAAGAUACCAAUCUUCCUUGGAACAUGAUUCAUCUGUAGGAAGAAAAACAUCAACGUCAGAUUUAAACCAAAAUAUUCAUGGAUUUGGAAUACACCAGUCUUCUUCAGAACAAAAAGCAGACGGUCAGCAGAAUCAAGGAUUGAAUAUUCAAUAUCAGACUAUUUCUGACUUGAAUAAUUUUGGAGCAAAAUCUUCUCAGGACCAAUAUUAUAUACAAACAAAUGGCAAUACCAAUACUCAGUAUUCUUCUGGUGAAACGGGCUCAUAUCAGUCAACCUUAGCUCAGACUGAUAGUAGUAAAAAUCACGGUAUAGCAAUAGAUCAAGGGUUGAACGGUGUGCAGUUUCAAACUUAUAUUGGCUCAAACGAGUUCGGAUCAAAGUCUUCGCAAAACCAAUACCAAGGAGAAGAGGGGGCGAAUGUAAAUACCCAGUAUUCAUUGAAUUUGAAUCACGGUUCUGUCGUAUACCCUUCUUCCGCACAAAUAGGUACUCUCCAACAUGUAUCAACAGACCAAAAUUUAAACAACGUACGAUAUGAAAGUCAAGCUGCCUCCAACGAAUUUGGAUCUGAAUCUUCACAAAGCCAAUAUAGCGGAUUGGAAGGUUUGAAUUCACAUAAUAGACAUUCAUCGAAUCUGGUUGACACCUUUGGACAGACAGACAACCAUCAAAAUGAAGGCUCAGUAAAUAAUCAAGGACUGUACACUGUACAUUAUCAAACCGACACUGCCUCAAAAACUGCAGGAAAUGAGUAUGCACAAACAGGUGAAUACGUUUCGAGCCAAGAUCAUUCUGAGAAUGACGAGCGAAAAUCGUCCUCAAAUGAUAUUUCAAUCAACAUCCAGAACCAAGGGCAGAGUAAUAAUGGAUACCAAUAUAAUUUUGGAUCUAAUUUCGUGGAAGAUGGAAGGGCAAAGUCAACUCAAACAUUCAACCAAUUCGUUGGCCAAAAUACACAGUUCAACACUGUUGGAUUGAAAAAUAUCAAUGAAGCCGGAAACAAUGUUGCACACCAAUAUCAUGGUGUUGGUGACAGCAUUGAUAUAGUCGGCGGUGGCUACUCUGCUGUUGGAGAAUCUAAAUCGGGGGUCGAAAUUUACAACAAUGGAGAUAAUAAUUUGGGAAAUAUACAAAGUACGGUGGCUCCUGUCACAGUUACCACACAUGCUUCAAUUCCAACAGUUACUUCUGUACCCAUUCCUACUCUGAAAACGGCUACCGGAUUUGAAAGAUAUGAUGGUGGUGUCAUAGCUAAUGUUCCACAAUUGCAAUUCAAAACAUUUGGACGAACUAAAUCAUCCGAUUUCGUUAAAUUUAUUUCAACGACUCCGUCCAGUUUGGUUACGGGAUACCAAUACUCGAAACCAUCGGUAAAUAUUGAUAGUCAGAAAGGGUAUGACGGUUCUUCCCACGAAGCUACCAGCUGGAACUAUCAAUCCCACGUUCGAGAAAACAACAUUGCCCAUAAUGAUAGGAAUGUUUUCACUGUUUCCUCUACAAUCGAACCCGUGUUGAACGUUGCACAGUCGGUUGAAAGGGGAUAUGAAUAUCCCAAACCAAAUAUUCAUUUUGAAGAAACUCCAAUUCGUACAGUAAAUCCUGCAGUUGUUACAUCUUAUGAUUAUGCAACGCCUUCUACCGCAAAGCCAAUACAAUCUGUCAAAGAUUCCAUAACUCCUUUGCAACCAGUUGUAUCAGUGAAACAGCCAGUUAGCUACAACGUUCACAUAUCAGAGUCUAGGGCCAAUGGUUACACCUACGAGAAGCCCGCUAUCAAAUUUGAAGAAGUCCCACAACCGCAAGUGGUUGUAUCUUCAUAUAAUGAAGUAUCUACGCCCGAGCCAGUGCUAUUGCAGCAACCUCAAGUUUACGUCUCAUCAACCAUUGCUCCAGUUGUCAAAUCUCAACCUUCAUCAUCCUUCAGCUACGUUCGAGGCUAUGAUUAUCCGAAGCCUGCAAUACGCUUUCAGGAAAGACCAGUAGAAAAGAAAAAUCCAGUUAUCAUUUCUAAAUUCAGUAUUAGAAAACCAGUCGUUCAAGAAACAUAUGUUCAACCUACCGUUGCUACUUACAAUUAUCAAAAAGAAGUUGUGAACGACGGAUAUCACUAUGAGAAGCCAUCAAUUCGUUUUGAAGAGAAACCAAUUCAGCCUGUAAUAACUUCCCAUUAUAUCUCGCAACCAGUACAACCAGAAAUUUUGAAUUAUGAAUACUCCACGCAGAAAACGAAUAUUAGACCAGUUAUAACGACUUAUCAAAAACCAAUCGUGUCAACGAGUUACACUUUCAAAGACUUGGUUUCAACAUAUUCAUCAACAACACCAAAACCUCCAAUUGUUCAACAAACCUUCAAGCCUAUUGUAUCAACAUAUGCACCUGUAACAGAAACACCUGUUACAUAUCAACAAGCUAUUCAAUACGUACAGCCAACGGUCGUGUCGAGUUACCACUACCAAAAACCUUCUGUAACACGCUAUACUUUUAAUGAGGUUAUUAAGAAACCCGUCAACACAUAUUUGCCAGCCAUAGAAAAAACAAUCAUUCAACAAACUCCAAAGUCUAUUUCCUCCACUUAUCUGCCCGUAACAGAAAAGGCUAUUCUACCAGCGACCGGUAACUACCAGAAGCCGGUAGCUACCUACUUGCCGAUUACUGAAAAACCCGUUUUCCAACCAGACGUAGUAUCAAGUUACAAUUACGUUCCCACUUCUACACUGAAACCAAUUCUUUAUACACCAUCGACUCUGAAUUCGCAUCUUGAAUUUAAAAGGAUUUCUUCAACACCUAGUCCGUCUUUAGUAAUUCAAACGCAGAAGAAUGUUCAGUUCAAGGGAUAUGAUUAUCCAAAACCUUCUGUUCGCUUCGUGGAGACUUAUGAAAACAGGCAAUCAGUAGAACAGACCAGUGGAUAUAACUAUCCUAGACCUUCCGUAUCGUUCGUGGAGGAACCAACACCAUUCGUAGAAACUUACGAAAAUAGACAACCUGUCGAAGAAAAAUUGUUCGUAAAAGAAAAGGCAUACAUAACUGGCUCAAAUCCAUCUGUCCCAGUUGUAGUAGAGAACUAUCAUGCUCCGGAACUCAACCAAAACUAUAAAGCGGUUGAAGCAAAAUUAUUUAGUCAAUCAGCAGAUACAUCCAGUUCAUAUUAUUCCAAUAAUUUCCAGACUGUCAGCAGUACGGCUGCCCCUAUUCGAGAAGUUUAUAUUCAAACAACUCCUGAACCAAGUUAUCAGUCAACAAUUGAUUCAGUGCUAUCUGUGAAGACUCAGACCCCUCAAGAACCUCAAUUUUAUUUCCAUGAUAGCAGAUUAUCGACUUCUCCCCGACCUCCAGUUGAAGGCUAUUCUUCUGUAAUUCCUGAAGUAACUUUCCACGAGGAACCCAAUGUCUCAACCAAAUAUUCACCAGUACCUACUAGGGAAUAUCUACCUUCACAAUCGACAACUACCAGCAGACCAAUUUCGAAAUUUUCAUUCAGCUCAUUGGAUAAUCAAUAUCAGUAUGUUUCCUCUCCUGUUGAAGGUACUACUUCUAUUGUUAGGAAAUACUUACCAGUGAAGCAAAGAGUGAGAGUUACAACUCCAAGUCCAACCUACAUUGUUCCUGAAGUUACGCUCCCUCCAAGAGAGUAUUUGCCUGUGAGAUCUAGAGUUCGGUAUACUUCAACAUCUUCACCGACGGUGGUUACCUCCACUCCAGGUUAUACAUUGAGAAAAAGUACUACCCAAGCUCCUGUGGAAGUUACAACUCUGUCGAGAAAUUAUCUGCCAGGUAGAUCAGGGAUAAGAGUAACAACAGAUGGUAGUCCCGCUGAAUACGGUGAACUAGAUGUAACAUCACGAAGGUCAGAAAUUGUGAAGUUGGUCAGGCCUGUGAUUAAAACUAUCAUCAAACAAAACGACUUACAUCCUCUUUUGUCAACUAAGCUUGGAGCUCAGUGUACAUGCCUAUCCAAUGUGUUGAAUUUGAAGAAAAAACAGAAGAUAAUCAUAGUGGAGGAUGACGAUGAGGAUGACGAUGGAUAUGUUGUUGAAAAUAACGACCAAGUAGGGACCGUUGUGGAAAAUUACCAGUACCAACCACAAAAUGAGGUAGAUAUCACACCUAGUCCGCAAAUCUUCAUUAAGAGUAUUGAGAGUACUACAAAUGAUUUGGUCGUUCCAACACCAUCGUAUCAAAUUAGAAAGAGAGUUAGAGUACAACCUGUUAGCACAACUGCUUCCUAUGAUCAAGAUAAGUUGGACCUAAGACAAUACAAUGAAGGGGAUAACACUCCAUCCGACAGAGAAAUCGCGAAAGCUGUAAGAACCGGAUUGAAAUUAGUGAAACAAGCUGCUAAAGAAGGCGCUAGGGAGGGCGCUGAAGAGGUUAUCAGUAACUAUAAUCCAAGAACUGGUAACGUGAGAGACACCAUCGAAUGUCAAAGAGCAGGAUUAUUUAGACACCCCAACCAAUGUAACAAAUUCUACGCCUGCAGAUGGGAUUGCACGAAGAAUAAAUACACAUUACACACAUUCAACUGCCCUGUACAUUUGACGUUUGACAAUUCUCUUGGUGCUUGUAACUGGCCCAGCCAAGGACCUGCCUGUGCUGAAAAUACUCUUCUUCCUAGCGACUAAAUAUAGGUGGAAAUUUGGUAGAUUUAGAAAGUUAUUUAUUAUUACUCGCAUAUGUCAUUUGUUUAUUUAUUCCAUUUUCCGUCAUUGAUAUUUUUCUGAAGCAUCUCAAAAGUGAAUAUUUAAUUUUCAUGAUAUAUGUGCCUUUUCAUAUUUUAGGUGAAUAAUUGUAGUUUUUUGUAUAUUUCAUUUGUAAUAUAACAUGUAUGAUACAGAAUAAGUAAGAAAAAUAAAAAU